AUGGCUACAAAGCGGUCGCACGACAAGAUGAACGCGAAAGACGAGGAAGAUGAGCCCGUCGACCCCUCGGACGAGCUCAUGUUCUUGGCGCUGGGCGGAGGCAACGAAGUAGGAAGAUCAUGCCAUGUUGUCCAGUACAAAGGCAAGACGGUGAUGCUGGAUGCCGGCAUACACCCAUCAUACGAAGGCCUGGGCGCUCUCCCUUUCUACGACGAGUUUGACCUGAGUACGGUCGAUCUCCUUUUGAUUACACAUUUUCAUCAGGACCACUCGGCAUCACUGCCAUAUGUGCUCGCCAAAACGGACUUCAAUGGCAAGGUCUACAUGACCCAUCCGACCAAAGCCAUUUACAAAUGGACAACACAAGAUGCCGUCCGCGUCCACAAUACGCACACUCCUGCUUCGUCCACCUCUGGAACGGACGGCUAUGUCAGUCAGCUUUACACCGAGCAAGAUAUUCUGUCAACUCUGCCCAUGAUCCAGACCAUCAGCUUCAACACAACCCAUUCACACAACGGCAUUCGCUUCACACCAUAUCCUGCCGGUCAUGUGCUCGGCGCAUGCAUGUACCAUAUCGAGAUCGCGGGUCUCAACAUCCUGUUCACUGGAGACUACAGCCGCGAGACUGAUCGCCAUCUCAUCCCUGCCACAAUCCCCAGGAACGUCAGGAUAGACUGCCUUAUCACGGAAUCAACGUUCGGAAUUAGUACCCGAGAGCCCAGGCAGGAACGCGAGAAUCAGCUUAUGAAGUCGGUCACAAACAUCCUGAACCGUGGUGGCAGAGUACUCAUGCCAACCACUGCUGUGGGAAACACACAAGAGCUUCUCCUGAUCCUCGAAGACUAUUGGCAACGCCACGAAGAGUAUCGACGGUUCCCAAUUUACUACGCUUCCGGUCUCGCCAGGAAGGUAAUGGUAGUGUAUCAGACAUACGUUGACAACAUGAACGAUCGGAUCAAGGCAAAGUUUCAAGCAAGCGCAGCAGCUGCUGGAGGUGGCGGCACCGCCGGACCAUGGGACUUUCAAUUCGUACGAGCGCUGAAAGGCGUCGAUAGGUUCGAGGAUGUUGGAGGUAGCGUCGUGCUAGCCAGCCCCGGUAUGUUGCAGAAUGGACCGAGUCGAGCGUUGCUCGAGCGUUGGGCGCCGGAUCCGAAGAAUGGUGUUGUGAUCACUGGCUACAGUGUGGAAGGUACCAUGGCGAAGCAAAUCAUGCUUGAGCCGGACAGUAUUGCAGCAGUCACCAACCGGACUGCAAACAUGUCGUUGGGUAAGCGAGCAGGAGCUGAAGAACAGCAGAUGAUCCCGAGACGAUGCACCGUGCAAGAGUUCAACUUCGCCGUGCAUGUCGACGGACAGGAAAACAGAGACUUCAUCGAGGAGACUGGAGCGCCAGUAGUGAUCCUCGUUCACGGCGAGAAACAUAACAUGGGGCGUUUGAAGAGCAGGCUGCUCAGUCUGAAGAAAAUGAAGGUCUACUCGCCAGCCAACUGCGAAGAAGUUCGCAUUCCCUUCCGCCAGGACAAGAUUGCAAGAGUGGUGGGACGACUGGCUAGUCAAAUCCAGCCGCCAACCCUACCGCCAAGCCCCCCAGACUCUAACGAGGACGAGGAAGGAGGAAGCGACAGCAAGAGGACGAAGGCAGAAGAAUCGCAAGACCAAGGUCAGAUUGUGAGCGGCGUGCUUGUGCAGAAUGACUUCAAGCUGUCCCUCAUGGCGGCAGAAGACCUCAAGGAGUACGCUGGCUUGACCACGACCACUCUCGUCUGCCGGCAACGCAUCAAUCUCGCCUCCGCAAGUGUGGACUUGAUAAAAUGGGCGUUGGAAGGCACGUUUGGCACUAUCGGCAUCACUACACCUGAGAAUGCCAACGGCACCUCUAGCACAGAAGCAGCCGAUGAGGAGAUCCCUCGGAACGAUAUCACUCGACUCGACAUCAUGGGCGGCGCAGUACACAUCAACUAUAAACCCGGUGGCGAGCUCGAGCUCGAAUGGGAGGGCAAUGCAACGAACGAUAGCAUAGCCGAUGCCGUCAUGGCCGUGCUCCUCACCGUCGAGACGUCUCCCGCUGCCGUCAAGCAAAGCAGCCAGUUGCAUGACCACAGCCAUCACGAUGAGAAGUCCAAUGGCAUACAGAAGAAGAACCCACACGCCAACCUAACACUCGAGGAGAAACUGAACAGGCUCUUCAUGUUCCUGGAAGCACAGUUCGGCGAGGAGGCCAUAACACCUAUCGAGAAGCCAAAGCUAGCGGAAUCUGCUACGACCAACGGCGAAACUGCAGAGGCCGAGAUGGAUGAGAUCGCGAAAGAGAAGCAGGAAGCUCAAGAGGUGGCGAGGUUACAUGCGGCUGGCGUUCCUGUUCCGGGACUGGAGAUCAGAGUUGACCAGCAUCGCGCGAAGGUGUGGUUGGAGAAGCUUGAGGUCGAGUGUGCUAAUAGUGCGCUGAAGGCGAGGAUCAAGGCGGUGGUGGAGAGGGCUGUGGAGGUUGUUGCACCGGUUUGGCAGUGA